UCAACACUGAUCACCCUUGAAUUAAGCUAAUCUGCACAAUUUUUGGGUGAUGCAGGAUUUGCAGUCAGUAUGUAUUAAUGUGAGCUGACUAUAAUCUUCAAAUUCAAAUACAAACCAUGUUAAGUUUAAACAUAGAUGUCAUCAUUUCUUUUAAUCAUACAAAGCCAAAACACAAAUUAUGUAAGACAAGAUGUGUUAAAAAUACUGUUAAAAUUACAUUGAUUUUAAUCAGCUACUACAUUGAUGACCUGCUCGAUGUCUGCCGCAUUUAACUUUUACAUUGCAGACAAUGUUCCCGUACAAAGGUUACCAGAAUAAAUAGAAUAGUCGACUGGGCCAACCUGACACUCCCGCCGUAAAACGGAAGUACUGAGUUAACUACAGAGGACGCUUUAGCAAUGGGGCCUGCCGUGCGAAUCUUAUCCCUUCUUUUUCUACAGUUAUUCGUGCUUAAGCCCACCUUGGCUGGAAAUGUGCUGGUGUGGCCCACGGAACACAGCCACUGGCUUAAUAUGAAAGUCAUUUUGGAGGCUCUAGAAGGCAGAGGUCACAGUGUCACCCUGCUACACAGUUCAUCGUCGCCGCACUUUAACGACACCGGCCGCUUCAAGACGGAGAUCUUCGAGGUUUCCUUUUCAUUUGAAUCCAGUCUUAAACUAUUACAUGACGGAUUGAAUAUAUUCUUGAUAGAAUCGCAGUCGCUGUCUUCAUUGCAGUUCAUUUUGAAGAUACGGGAGUUUAUCACGAAAACCGCGGAGCUCAAUAAGCAGAUGUGUGACGGAGUGCUCCGCAACGAGGAGGUGCUGAAAAGAUUGCGACAGUCGCACUUCGACGUUCUUCUCUCGGACCCAAUAUUCCCGUGCGGAGAAUUAGUGGUGUCCUUCGGAAACUGCAUGGAGAGACAAUGCGGACAGUUGCCCGCUCCCCCCUCCUUUGUGCCCAUUGUCUGCACACAGACACUAUGGAUUUUCAGAUGCGCCUGAAGAACCUCUUAAUUUACUUGGGUGCUGACAUGUAUUUGUACGAAUGGUCAUUUUCAAAUUG